AUGGCUUUGGUGAGGAGUCUUUUAGGCGCAAAGAAGAUUCUUGGUGGAUCUUUAGCAGGAACCAGGAAAGCAAAUUCAGCACCAAAAGGGUUUCUUGCGGUGUACGUCGGAGAGAGACAAGAGAAGCAGAGAUACAUUGUACCAGUCUCAUACUUGAGCCAACCUUCCUUUCAGGCUCUUCUAAGUAAAUCCGAAGAAGAGUUUGGGUUUAAUCAUCCGAUGGGCGGCUUGACGAUCCCUUGCCCUGUAGAUAUCUUUAUUGGCAUUACUUCUCAGCUCCAAAGAUGA